AUGGUCCGUAGUUAUUUUUUAUCCAAAGACCCUUCUCAUCGCCGUGAUGCCUUUCUCCUUCUAGGGCAGGUGUUUUCACCAACAAUCACGUUGUAUUCUCUUUCAGAUGAGAGGAUUGAGAAUAUGGUCAAGCUAAAUAUUCCAAAUCCAUUUCAAGAGCAAACUGAAACUUGCUUCGUGUUUGAUAUUUUAAAUAUGGGUGGUAUUAAUGACAUUAUAUAUGUUCGUUGUCAUCUUCGUAAUAAUGAUUUGGAAAUUUAUACAAGAGAUUUACUAUGGAAUCCAACUACAGAUGAAUUAAAGGUCAUUCCUCGAAGUCCGACUAAGGAUCCUCGAAGUCCGGUUACUGUGGAUGUGAGUGUUCAUGGAUUUGGUUAUGAUUGUGUUAAGCAUGACUAUAAGGUGCUUCAACAUAUACAAUUUAUUGGACGUUCGUAUCCAUGUACCGGAUAUGUGUCAUUGGGAGAUAUAACUUUCGAACCCUUUUGGGAGAUAUAUAACUUAAGAAGUAAUUCUUGGAGAAAACUUGAUGUCUUUAUGCCUACAUUUUACCAUACUCCUCAUGCUAGAGUGUACAUGGAUGGAGUGUGUCAUUGGUUAUAUAUAGAUUUUGAAUCAUAUCUAGGGUCGUUUGACUUAAGCAAUGAGACGUUCUUUACCACAGCUAUACCAUCAGACAUAGAUUGCGGUUUUGAUGAAGGAUAUAUAUGGAGACACUUGAUGGUGUUAAAUGAAUCCAUUGCCCUGGUCACAUAUCACGAAAAGAAGACUACUUUAAACAUAUCAAUUUUAGGUGAAUUAAAUGUGAAAGAAUCAUGGAUCAAACUCUUCAUUUUUGGAUUUUUGCCUUCCAUCGAGUUCCCAAUUGGAGUGGCAAAGGGAAAAUUAUUUUUCAAAAGGAUAGAUAAAGAAUUAGCUUGGAUUGACUUAACUACACAUAUGAUUGAAGAUUUUGGUGCUAAAGAAGGGGACUGUAGUUUUAAUAUGCUAGUUUGCAAGGAAAAUUUUCUUCCAAUCGAUCGGUGUAAUAAAUAA